AUGGAGGCAUCCCGCCGCGCUCCGGCCAAAAAUGGUCCAACCACCAAUGGCACCACUACAGCCAGAAAGUCGAGUGCGCGAACUAAAAACGCGGUCGAUUAUGAUGAAAAGCGGGCUUUCGUAGAGCUGAGCGAAGAAGUCGAUCCCGAGACGGAUGGUGUUCCCAACUCGGGGCUCAAUGAGCUGGAGGAACGCGUCAAUGACCUGAGCGAGUCAUGGGAGACGGAAUCGUUGUUCCAAGACGCUUUGGAGGACUUGGCCGAAGAUAGAUUCUUCACCGAUGAUCCCGAGGCGUGCACUCCCGACGAAGCGACCAAUUUCCGCCAGUUGCUGCGUUCCGUUGGCCCCUCCGUUUUCUGCGAGAGGACUAUCGGCGCGGGCCUGGUCACGGCCAAGAAACUGUUGACUGCCUUUGGCAUCCGGCCGCCUGCUUUCCUCGAAGGAGCCGACGACGAGGCCUACUACUCCCUUCUGAGUCUCGCUUUGAGCCGCGAGCUGUCCAAGCGGGCCAAGCUGCCCAAGUACAACUCGGUGGACGACGCGGCAGAACUGCUAAAGCAGUCCAACAACAUCAUCGUGCUCACCGGCGCGGGCAUCUCCACGUCGCUUGGCAUCCCGGACUUCCGCUCCAAGGGCACCGGUCUGUACUCCAAACUCGAGCAUCUCGGGCUCAGCGACCCGCAGGAGGUGUUCGACAUUGGCGUGUUCCGCUCAGACCCGACCAUCUUCUACUCCGUCGCGCGUGACAUCCUCCCAAACCACGACCGUUUCUCCCCGACGCACGCCUUCAUCGCGCUGCUACAGAGCAAGGGCAAACUGCUCACCAACUACUCCCAAAACAUCGACAACCUCGAAGCCAAAGCCGGCAUCCACCCCUCCAAACUCAUCCAAUGCCACGGCUCCUUCGCCACGGCCUCCUGCGUCAAAUGCGGCCACAAAGUCCCCGGCGACUCCCUCUUCGCCGAGAUCAAAGCCGGCGACAUCCCGCGGUGCCGCAAAUGCGCCCAAGGCAGCCGCACCACUUCCAACAGCAGUGGCGGGCCGGGAUCCCGCAAGCGCAAAGUCAACCGCGACGGCACCGAGAAACGCCCCCGCCGUCGCCCCGGCGACUACGACUCCAACUCCGACUCGGAAUUCGACACCGGCCGCAGCACCAACACCAGCGCCACCCCGACAAACUGGUCCGUCGGCGUCAUGAAACCCGACAUCACCUUCUUUGGCGAAGCCCUGCCGGACGAAUUCUCCCGCCGCCUGACCGAACACGACCGCGAAAAGGUCGACCUCGUCAUCGUCAUCGGCACUAGCCUCAAAGUCGCCCCCGUCAGCGAAGUCGUGCCCUUUUUACCGCCCCACAUCCCCCAGAUCUACAUCAGCCGCACCCCGGUCUCCCACGUUAAUUUUGAUAUCGACCUGCUGGGCGACUGUGACGUUGUCGUGUCAGAACUAUGCCGUCGCGCUGGGUGGGAUCUGAAGCAUGAGAUGGUACCCGAGGGGCAGGUGAUCAAGACGGAGGCGGCGGAGGGUUGGGCGAGUAGACAUGUGUUUACGCAGGUGCAUCCGCCGCCGGCGCCAGCCCCGGAACCGGUUAAGUUGUCGGUGGAAGACGGGGUGGACGGGGAAGGUGGGGAGAACGGGGAGGGGAAGAAGACGGAGGAGGAGGAGAGGAGGGAGCGGGAACGGGAGAGGGAGGCGAGGAGGGAGAGACGGGAGAGGAAGGCGUCAUAG